AUGAGCUCAGAAAAUGCAACUGAUUGUCUGGGAUGGGCUGCAAGAGACGCUUCUGGGGUUCUAUCGCCUUACAAAUUUACCCGAUGGGCUGUUCAGAGUGAUGAUGUUUCCGUAAAGAUUACACACUCUGGAGUUUGCUAUGCUGAAGUGGUUUUUCCGAGGAACAAACAUGGAGAUGCCACCUACCCUUUAGUGCCUGGACAUGAGAUUGCUGGAAUCGUGCAAGAGGUUGGUUCCAAUGUGAGCGGCUUCAAAGUUGGUGAUCAUGUUGGAGUGGGAACCUAUGUGAAUUCAUGCAGAGAGUGUGAUUACUGUAACGGGCGCCUGGAAGUUUAUUGUGAGAAGGGAGUAGUUUACACUUAUAACCGUCCUGAUUUUGAUGGUACUAUUACACAAGGAGGGUUUUCCACUUACAUUGUUGUCCAUCAAAGGUACUGCUUCAGGAUACCAGAUGCCUAUCCAUUGGCCUCUGCAGCACCUUUGCUUUGUGCUGGCAUUACUGUUUACUCUCCGAUGAUGCGCCACAAGAUGAACCAGCCCGGUAAAUCCCUGGGUGUGAUAGGACUUGGUGGCCUUGGUCAUAUGGCAGUGAAAUUUGGGAAGGCUUUGGGACUAAACGUGAACGUUUUCAGUACAAGCAUAUCAAAGAAAGAGGAAUCUCUAACUCUGCUUGGUGCAGACAAGUUUGUGGUCUCAUCAGACCAAGAACAGAUGACGGCCCUGGCUAAGUCACUCGACUUCAUCAUUGACACAGUCUCUGCUGAUCACUCAUUUGAUUUGUACUUGUCACUGCUGAAGACUGCUGGCGUUUUGGUCAUGGUGGGGGCUCCAAAUGAAGUCAAAUUGAAACCUCGAAGCCUCAUUCUGGGUAUGAAAUCGAUUUCUGGUAGCGUAGUAGGCGGUACAAAAGAGAUGCAAGAAAUGCUAGACUUCUGUGCUGCUCACAAAAUAUAUCCCAACAUUGAAAUAAUCCCAAUUCAGUACGUGAAUGAAGCAAUUGAGAGGCUCAUAAAGAAGGGUGUGAAAUACCGGUUUGUGGUAGACAUUGAAAUCUCCCUCAAAUGA